GCGGCGCGUUGUCCAUUAGCGCGUGACGUCACAAGUGGGCGGAGCCGAGGAGCCGAGGAGCAUCAGUCGACCGCCGGCCGCCGCAGUGCCCCGCUAACCGCUUUCUACGCCGGACCUAUGCUAGUUUUGACCGCGCUUACCGAUUUCGUUAUUUUCAAUCGUUAUAUAAAUUUCUUCGCCUUUCUUGUCUGCCUUACCAUCCGCAUUGUAGAAUUAAAGUUUAACAAACGCAAUAAAAAUUGUUAUAUAGUUUGCCGUAUUUUAUUUGAAUAAAAAGUCGCUGUAGCAAGCUAUAUAUUGGUGACCCCGACGUGAUCGCGUUGUAACGUUCGUCGACCGUUAAGAUGGCUACCGCUGACAACAAGUUUGAAGAAUGCUCCGCGACAAUUGACCGCGUGGCCGUGCGUCUACCCCCCUUUUGGCCGGAAGACCCCGAUAUUUGGUUUGCCCAGGUUGAAGCACAGUUUGAGACAUCAGGUACGAAAAUCGAUUCUACUAAAUUUUAUACCGUCGUGCAACAGCUAGACCAGAGGAUAGCCCGUGAAGUUAGGGAUGUAAUAACCAACCCUCCCGCAACCGGGAAGUACGAUAAGCUGAAAAACGAGCUGAUUAAACGUCUGUCCACAUCUCGUGAUCACCGAAUGCGACAGCUUUUGACCCACGAGGAGUUAGGCGACCGAAAGCCAACGCAAUUUUUGCGUCACUUACGUUCGUUAGCCGGUGACCAGGUGAACGACGAUUUUUUAAGAAGCCUAUGGGCUAGCCGCCUACCAACGCAUAUUCAGGCAAUUAUAGCGUCUCAAACAAGUCUAAGAUUAGAUGAAGUUGCUGAAUUAGCAGAUAAAAUAAUCGAAGUAACGCCAUUUUCUAAUCAAGUUUCUAGUGCUUCUACUCCAGGUUUCGAUGAGCUCUUCAAGAAGAUGGAAGAUUUCAUUUCUACCCGCAUUCGGACGGAGCUCAACCAUCAGGUGGCGCAAAUGAACUUAGGGCGUGGUCGCGCCAACUACCCACAUAGACAAUCCGGAAGUCAACGCAGUGGUUCCAGGCAUCGGCGACGAUCAGCAAGCAGAAACCGAGAUCCAGACAUAAGCGUUUGCUCGACGGCGUGACUUCUCUUACGUGUCCAGCAGAGCUGAAGGCAUGCCAACACCACAGCGUCAAGGCCAUAUCGGGACACAGCGAGUACCACACACUUUUAUCGAAGUACCCCACAUUGACGAGACCAUGCGGCAUUGAUCGAGAGGUAAGACAUUCUACAGUGCAUUAUAUCCGAACAACACCUGGACCACCAGUGUUUUGUAAACCUCGACGGUUAGCACCGGCACGCCUGAAGAUCGCCAAGGAGCAAUUCGAGGAGAUGCUACGUGAUGGUACUGCUCGUCGGUCAGACUCACCGUGGGCAUCUGCAUUACACCUUGCACCAAAACAGGACGGUUGGAGAC